AUGGUUGAAGCUAAUCAAAUCCCAACUAAACAAUAAGGUCUUAGAGUUUACUCAGGUGGUACAUUCAAAGUUGAUGAGAUCGAUGUACCCAGACCAGGUCCAGGACAAUUACUAGUCAAAAUUGAAUGCGCCCCAAUUAACCCAAGUGAUAUCUUUUUCAUGAAAGGAAUUGUGGAGGAACAUUCUAAGGGAAGUGGAAGGAACAUGAUUUUCCCAAUAGUUCCAGGCUGGGAAGGCUCAGGCACAGUCAUCGCAUCAGGUGGUGGCUUAAUGGCCUGGAGACUAGUUGGAAAGAGAGUAGCAGUCAGCAAAAUGGAAGAGCCAGACAGAGGUUCCACAGUAGGAGGCUGCUUCCAACAAUACAUGAUAACUAAUGCUCUAUAAUGCUUGCCAUUGCCAGAUGACGUAUCCUUCGAAGUAGGAGCUAUGCAUUUCGUGAAUCCUCUGACUGCUAUUGGCCUUCUUGAUAGAGCCAAGUAAUACAAGGCCUAGGCUGCUAUUCAAACUGGAGCAGCAUCUCAACUAGGGAGAAUGAUCAUUAGACUCGCUCAAGAAGAGAAAAUACCUUUAAUUAACAUUGUCAGAAGACCAGAAUAAGUUUAAUUACUUCAAGAUCAGGGAGCUGAAAAUAUUCUUAACUCGAGCGAUCCUGACUUCUUAGAUAGACUUGGGGAAUUAGCAAAGAAACUUAAGGCGACAGUCUGCUUUGAGGCUGUUGCUGGCGACUUAACUGGUGAAAUAAUGUCAAAGAUGCCUUUCAAAUCAACUUGCAUAGUUUACGGGUGUUUAAGUGAGCAACCAGUAGGCGGCAUUGAAUCAUUGGUAUUGAUUGGAAGAAACUAGAAACUGGAGGGAUUCCUUUUGAAUAAUUGGACUAAGGAGAAGUCUCUCUGGUCUCUUGGCAGUAUUAUUAGUAAAUGUCAAAGACUCAUGAGAAAUAAAACUCUGUAGUCAGAAGUUGCAAGGAGAAUAUCCAUGUAUGAAGUUGAACAAGCUAUUCCAGAAUAUCAAAAGAAUAUGACCUAGGGCAAGUAUAUCGUCUAUCCUCAUGAGAAGUAGCCAACUCAAGUAUAAUCACCUCCAUCUUUAAAUGAAAACGAGGAGUCUAAGCAUGAAUCAGAAUCAAAUCAAUGA